AUGAACGGUGCUCGCCUCGCCCUCUCCGUGGAUCGCUUGUCUGGUUCAGAUGGAACGCUGAAUGACACUAACCCUUGGACAUUGUAUCCGACAGCCAAUCCGGCUUUGAAACGGUUACGUUGUGUGAUCGAUGAACUAGUCAAUACAGAAAAGAGCUAUGUUCAAAGUCUACUCGAUAUAGAUCAAGGCUAUCUGGCCCCACUGACUCAAGAUCCGGAUGUGGAAUCGUCCAUUUUGGAUAUCAUUUUUGGUCGUAUCAGUGAAUUACGCCAGUUUCACGAGCACUUGCUUCUCAGUCUCCAUCUGCAUCGGAAUGAUUUGAUUCAGUUGGCUCGUGUGUUCUUGAACAAUGCAAGACAAUUUGAGUAUUUAUAUGUGGAUUUUUGUAUCAAUUACUGCAAGUCAAUUCGUACUCUGCAGGAUGCCAAACAAAGUCGUGCAUCGUUAUGGAAAAAGUUGAUCGUUUGCCAACAGAAUCUGGGUCACCAACUCCCGGUGGAGACAUACUUACUAAAACCGGUGCAACGAGUGCUCAAGUAUCAACUCCUACUACAGGAAUGUGUAAAGCACUGCAUGAGCGCCAUUCACUCGUUACCAAGCAGUGGUCAGACCUCGGCUUGUUUGGAACGUGCAGUUUCCACAUCCAACGACCUCCAUUCGCCGGACUCAGAUUUCGAUCUCCUGCAGCAGCUAAACGAGGCUGUCCCCGUACUGGGUCAGGCUUUGGAACGUAUGAUCAAAGUGAGUUAUUCUUAA